GUUGUUGCCCACUAGAAACUGGAAACUGCAAAGGCAACUGAUUGGUAGUUUUUUCUCUUUUAUUAUGGAACUGCUUGAAAGUGUAGAGUAGAAUUAUAUUUUUAAUAAAGAAUCAAUAUACACGAUUUAUGUUUAAUUAAUUGAAAUGUACAAACCUGAAUGCAGUUCAUGAUCGAUUUUUUAUGCUUUCGGUUGGCAAUUUGACAUUAAGGUUUUGAGGUAAUCUAAAAAUCUAAUAAGUAGCAGGCAGUUUUAUAAGAAACAAUAGGUUUUUUAGGAAACAUUUGUUGGAGUUUAUAAUCAAAGACAAUUAGCACAAAUAUUUACACAUAUAGGAUGCCCAUAUACGCGAAUGCAACACCUCAAUUAUACAAAUACACCUGCAGUACUGGAUCAUCUAUUUUAUUUUGUCUUUAAGGUUAGGUUGUAAUCGUCACGACUCGACGUCAGAGAAUCUCGAAUACCCGCGAAACGAGUGAGCCCACCGGGCGUUCUGUUUAUUAUGAGCCGCAGAGCAGAGUAUUGUUUGUACACAAAAAGUUAACACUGAGCACUUAAUUGAGCAAAUAAUUAAUACAGAAUUUUUUCACGAAAUAAAAAUGCAGAAGUCACAGAGAUUAAACAGAGAAAUAAAACGGUUAAUUGAUCAUCCACCAGAAGGAAUAAUUUGUUAUGCUUCGGACAAAUUAAAUCUUUUAACAGUAAAUGUAAUUGGACCUCAUGACAGUCCAUAUAAAGGUGCACUGUUUGAGUUGGAACUAGAAAUUCCUGAGCGUUAUCCAUUUGUGCCUCCUCAUUUGAAGUUUAUUACACCAGUGUAUCACCCUAACAUAGAUACUCAGGGUCGUAUAUGCAUGGAUCUAUUGAAAAUGCCUCCUAACGGUGGUUGGAAGCCAACAAUCAGUUUAGAAAACCUAAUAGUGGCAGUUCAAUCUUUACUGGGAAAUCCAAAUCCUGAUGAUCCUUUGAUGGUUGACAUUGCUGAAGAGUAUCGUUUUAACAAGACAGAAUUUGAGAGAAAAGCAAAAAAGUAUGCCCAAGAAAAUGGAAAAAACUGUGAUUAAAGUUGGUGUUGGAAUACUUUUACAAGAUAUAAUUGUGUCUGCUUGUUUUAUAAGCUUUGGGCAGAAAAAAGUGAUACUUAUGACUUUUCAUUAUAAUGAUGUAAACUUGUUUUAGAGUUACUGAUUGAAGUUUUCAAGAUUAAAAUACAGCUUUUUAAGAAAGUAUAUUAUGUAUUUUGUUUUUUAAAAAACCAUGUAAAUGUAAUAUUAAUUACAUAUAGAUGCAUCAACUUACUUAAUUACUUAUUUACAUUAUGUACAUAAUUGCAGCAAUAACUAUACAAUCGUUCAUCAGAACAGUUUAAAUUUA